AUGAGCGGCGUCUCAGUGUUGCAGCACUUCGAGGCGUACCAGAAGGCGCGCGUGACGUUCGUUCAGGCCGUCGCCGAAGCAGCCACAAGACCGCAGAAUAUCGAGGUCAUGCAGAACGCGGGAGUCAUGCAGCUUCUCCGGCCCCUGCUCCUCGAUAACGUGAGAGAGAUCGACGCGGUGCAUUCGCUUGCACUGAGCCAAAGCGUGCCUAGCAUCCAGCAGUCGGCCGCCUUGGCGCUAGGCCGCCUGGCCAACUACAGCGACGACCUCGCCGAAGCGGUGGUCGGAAACGAGAUACUUCCUCAACUGGUGUACUCUCUCUCUGAGCAGAACAGGUUUUACAAGAAGGCCGCGGCGUUCGUUCUCCGGGCGGUGGCAAAGCACUCGCCUGACUUGGCGCAAGCUGUGGUGGAUUCGGGGGCACUAGACGCCCUCGUCCCAUGCCUCGAGGAGUUCGACCCAACCGUCAAGGAGGCGGCGGCGUGGGCCAUCGGCUACAUUGCGCAGCACACAGCCGACCUCGCGCAGAACGUUCUCGACGCGGGAACCGUUCCUCUCCUGGUGCUGUGCAUCCAGGAGCCCGAGAUCACCCUCAAGCGCAUCUCCGCCUCGGCGAUGAGCGACGUCUGCAAGCACACGCCCGAGCUGGCGCAGGCGGUGGUGGAUGCCGGGGCCGUAGCGUACCUGUCCCCCCUCAUCAUGCACCCGGACUCCAAGCUGAAGCGCCAGGUGUGCUGCUGCCUGGGGCAAAUCGCGAAGCACUCCGUAGAUCUCGCAGAGGUGGUCGUCGAGGCCGAGGUCUUCCCCAACAUCCUCAAGUGUCUCAGGGAUUCCGACCUGUAUGUGCGCAAGAACGCCGCCACCUGCAUCCGUGAGAUCGCCAAGCACACCCCCGAGGGCAACGCCAAGCUGCCCGGCAUCAUGGCCGUGGGGUACAUCGCGGCGUUCAGCGAGACCUUGGCGCUGGCCGUCAUCGUGUCCAAGGGAGUUGCACCACUCAAAGACGCACUAGUCGCCGAGCCCGAGGACCACAUCAAGGCCGCUUCCGCGUGGUCGCUGGGGCAGAUCGGGCGGCACACGCCAGACCACGCCCGCGCGUUGGCGGAGGGCGACGUCUUGAGACACCUACUGGUAAGACGUGUGUCGAUGUAUAUAAUCACGAAGAGAUAA